AUGAAAAAUAGAGGCGCUUUUUCAGGCGGUUAACUCAGCUGCCGCAGUUUACUUACAAUUUGCGGCGGUUAUUUUCAAUUAGUGGCGGUUUUUUACGUAUUUGCGACGGUUAUUUGAGAGGCGGUUCGACCAGGCGCCACAGAAUAAUUAAACCGGAAAACCCUAAAUUAAACCCCCCUCACCUCACUCUCAUUUCAUAUCGCGAUUUUCACGAUUUUCACCUUCACCUUUACCUCUCAGAUCACGAUUUUCAGAAGUUGAACCCCACCACACCUUCACCUCUCAAAUCACGAUUCUUCACCACACCUUCACUCCUCUCUCAGCAAUGGCGAUUCUCAGAAGCAAAGUUCCAGAUUGAAGCUCAAUCAUUGAUUGAAGGAAUUAGGGAUUUUAGGUUUCAGAUUCACAUUCUCAUCAAAACUGGUGUUCGUGCUCUCGGUUUUCACUCAGAUUUUCAUCUUGGGUUUAAGUUUCUUCUCCUUGUAGCUUUGAUUGAAGAAGCUAUAUCUUAAAGCAAUGGAUAAGUCAUGGAUUGAGAUGCCACGAAAUGCAAUGACGUAUGCGGAAGGUGUAAAGAAAUUUAUUGACUUUGCAUUUGAGCGUAGUUCAAUUGAGGGUAAAAUUAUAUGCCCUUGUCCUCGAUGCAAAUUUAGAAAGAGGCAAACUAGAGAUGAGGUGUAUGACCACCUUAUUUGUAAGCAGUUCCCGAAAGGAUACACCUUUUGGUUUGAUCAUGGAGAAACUAUGAAUAAUUCUCCUCUUAUUUUUAUGAUAUGAUAAUUUUUUUAGGAAAUCGAAACUGGCCGAUCGUAUAAUAGAGCGGAAAUGUACUGCAUUUCACACAAGAAAAGUGAUGGCUCUUUUGUAAAUAAAGAAUUAAAACAAAAGAGUGUGAGUAUAGUUACAAGUUUCUAUUUCCUUUGAAAAUUUUAUAACUAUCAAAUAUGCUUUGUAUGUUUGUGGCCAAGGAUGCUUGGGAGAUACUGAAGACAGCUCAUGAAGGAACUACUAGAGUGAGAAUGUCAAGAUUUCAGAUGCUUACUACUCAGUUUGAAAACCUGAUGACGACUGAAGAAGAAACUAUCUCUGAAUUUUACAUGUGUGUUCGUGACUUGUCCAAUUCUUCUUUUGCUCUGGGAGAACCUAUGUCAGAUGAAAAGCUUGUAAGGAAAAUCUUGAGGUCUCUACCAAAGAAAUUUGCUAUGAAAGUUACUGCGAUUGAGGAGGCUCAAGACAUUGAGAGCAUGAAGGUUGAUGAGCUAAUGGAUCUUUGCAGACUUUUGAAUUGAAACUUGGUGACAAGUCUGAAAAGAAACACAAGAGUAUUGCUUUUGUGUCUAACAUAGAUGAGGGUGAUAAUGAAGACUGUGAGGGUGAAAACCUUUCUGAGGCUCUGGCUAUGCUAGCAAAAAAACUCAACAGAGCAUUGAGAAAGAUUGACAAAAGAACCAGGCCUAAUGUCCAGGACAUGAAGUUCGACAACAAACCCAAGUUCUCUAAUUCACAGAGGAGGACCAAGGAAGAAGAAAGAUCUGGUCAGAGUAAAGGAGUACAAUGUCAUGAGUGUGAAGGGUAUGAUCAUAUUAGAUCUGAAUGUGCUACCUAUCUGAAAAAUCUGAAGAAAGGGAUUAUGGUAACUUGGUCAAAUGAAGACACUAAAGAUGAGGAGGAUAUUUCUGCCAACAAGGUAAAUGCUUUCGCUGGAACUGUUUGUGAUACAGAUACAAGUGAUGAAGAUAUUUCAAAUGAGGAACUUGCUGAGACUUAUAAGUUGUUGCAUAUCAAAUGGGAGGAAGCCUGUAAACUUGUGAGAGAAAAGGAAAGUGAGAUAGAACAACUCUCUUCUCAGAAUGAAAGAUUGAAAGAGCUCAGUGCUAAGCUAAAAGAAGAUUGUGAUAAGUGGAAAUCCAAGCUUGAAAAUGUUGACACUGUGGAAAAGGAAAAAUUGAUGUUAGUCAAUACAGAACUACAAGAGGAAGUAGCAACUCCGAAAAGUAAGCUUGAAGCCACUCACAAAUCACUUCGAAUGUUGAAUAGUGGUUCUGACAUGUUAGAUGAGAUUCUGAAAGAAACAAGUAAGCAGGGAAAAAGCUUGAAGGGAAUUGGAUUUGACUAUGGAACUGCAAACAAGAAAGAUCAUAAGGGGUCAAUGAAUUUUGUUGCUGUAGCAGAACAAUCUGAAUUCAAGAAACCUGCUAAGUAUCAGAUGUCCAGACUGAAGUCUCGACAUGUUCCUCGACAUGUGAGUUCUCAAGUCAAGAGCAUCAAAACAGCACCUUGGAAAUGUCACUACUACGGAAGGAAUGGACAUAUAAAACCGUACUAUUUCAAACUGUAUGGCUACCCCCAGGCUUAUGAUAGGUCAAAUAACUCAAAGGUUACACGGAUGAAGAAGGAAUGGAAGCCCAAGAGUGAAGUUAUUGUCUGGUUGCCUACACAUCUUUCAGAGCCUCUGCAAGAGAAGACUGGUACUUUGAUAGUGGAUGCUCAAAGCAUAUGACAGGAAAUAAAGGAUAUCUGAAGGAUCACAUAAGUCAUUCUAGAAACUAUGUCACAUUUGGAGAUGGAGCUAAAGAAAAAAUCAAGGGAGUAGGAAAACUGGUUAAUGCUGGAUCCCCAGAUUUGAAUAAUGUGCUUCUGGUUAAUGUCCUAACUGCUAAUCUAAUUAGCAUAAGCCAACUCUGUGAUCAAGGGCUUGAAGUGAAGUUCAACAAAGCAGGCUGUAUUGUAACUACAGAAGAUGACAAAGUCUUUAUGAGAGGAGUCAGAUCAAAAGAUAAUUGUUAUAUGUGGACACCUCAAGAGAUAGCUCAAGUCUCUAGAUGCUUGAUAACAAAGGAAGAUGAGUUAAAUGCAUGACACCAAAAGCUAGGACAUCUCAAUCUGAAGAGUAUGCAAAAGAUAGUUGCUGAAGAAGCCAUAAGAGAUCUACCUAGGCUGAGGAUAAGAGAAGGAAAGUUGUGUGGAGAAUGCAAGAUUGGAAAACAAACCAAGAUGUCUCACACAAAGCUCCAGCAUCAGACCACAACAAAGAUACUGGAACUGCUACACAUGGACCUCAUGGGACCAAUGCAGGUUGAAAGCUUGGGAGGUAAAUGUGGCGUCCCUCUCCCAUAAGUGACGUGUUCACCCAACUCCUAUCACUUAUGAAAGAGUGAGCCGUUUUUUUUUUGUUACUUUAGUGCAAGUGUUAGUGUUAGUGUCCUGAUGAUGCUUCGAUUCAGAGACCACUUACGACUUUUCAUAGUCGCAGAGUUCCCUUCUAACCUUUUCAGAUGGAUGACCGUAUACCUAAUGGCGAGUAAGUUAGCACACAAAUGAAACAUUAAACACAUAACAUAUGUGACCGAGGUCACUACAUAGUUCAAAUGACAGAAGCAGAUAGAGUGUUCAAAUGAGGACACAAGUAUCCCCAUUCGGCAUCAUUAAACAAAAACUAAAUUAAUCAAGUAAACUGACGAGAACUGUCGUCGGACCAUAUGGCUUCACUCCCCUACCUCCUCCUCCUCCUCCGGGUCCUCCUCCAUAUCACCACUUCUCCCCUCUUCUGGUACUGGCAUCGGCAACCUCGCCCCCAACCCCUCGGGUUUCAGGAACCGCUGUCUGAAUAUCCAGGCAUCUCUGGAAAACCUAGGUGACCGCACCCUCUUCCUUGAUGUCCUCCGAAGGAGUGGUGCUGUCUGCUGAGACGAAGGAUCCACUGGCUCCUGGGUGCUUGAUUCGGCGCAAAGAGCUCCUGUGGGCUCCUCACUCGAAUUGGCACGGGUCGGUAUGGCUCCUCCUGUGGUUUAGGAUCCAUUCCCACCUGCGGGUCGGGACACAAUCCAGCCUGGGCGCUGGAUCCACCUCCGGCUGAGGCUGUGGUGGCGGAUCAGGGACAGGCAGACGGAAUCUCCAAGCGUGCCUCGGCAUGUAGAAUGAGAACAUAAGGGGAAUGGUCACUGGGUAGCCAAGUUCAUCGUGUAACACCCCCUUUUUCCCAUUGUUUUAUUUAAAAAUGUUUAUCAAAGUUUAAAAACAUAUUAAGGGAGUAUUACACUUCUUUACGAAAACUCAUUAAAAUUAACACUGAUUGUGUUUGAAAAUUUAUAAACUCAUAUGGUUUUCAAAGAAUGAAUCAUUCCUACCAAUAAAAUUUCUAAACCAGUCAGAUAAUCCUAUUAGAUGCAUAAAAUCACUUAUUUAAAUAGGUUUAUCUUCCUUGAUAUUCCAAUAAAGUUCAUCAUACUCAAAACUGAAUUUCAUAGGCACUUCGGCCAUCAACAGUACGACAUCGCCAUAAUUUAGAAAAUUAUUCAACAACUUCCAUAAGGAGAGAUUAUAAAAUCCUCUCAACAGAAGUGUAAAAGUAACGUAAAAUAUCUACCCAGUGUUACAUUACAGAGCAAGACAUUUAUUUUAUAAUAAUAAUAAUAAUAAUAAUAAUAAUAAUAAUAAUAAUAAUAAUAAUAAUAAUAACAUAAGCUAAGACUCUCCGAAGCUACUCCUCAUGAGCCACAUCUCUACCUCCAGUACCUGAGCGAUGUCGCAUAGAACAUCAUUCCAAUAGAAGGGUAAGAACUUAUAUUGUAUAAAAUAUAGCAUAACAAAGAGCAAGUAAACAAUUCAGAUUAUGCUUUAUAAACUAUACACCUUUUCUUUAAAAUCUGAGUGAUUAUAAUAUUUGCUCUCAAGACAGUUUCACAAUUCUUAUUAACAUUUUCGAAAAUUAUAAGCUUUAAGAAGAAUAAUAACUCAACUUUACCACAACAGCAAAACAAUUCACCAACAAAUCACCAAACACAUAAAACCACAGAAAACGUGAAACUUAGUGUGUGAGGCUCUAAUGUAUGCAUGUGGUACCAAUUGUUAACCUUAGCGGUAUCACCGCGUCCACUCCAGACAGUUAACCACCAAUGAAGUCCACUCCUGACUUCCAGAACCACGCCAGUUCUGGGACAAACCUCAGUUUUCCGAUGAAAACCGACACGUUGCCUCUUGACUAAAUGAAGUGUAUUUCGUGCAAAAACUCAUAAAUUAAAACAUGCAAUUUGAGACCACUCCAGCCCCAAAUAUAUAACAUAUUUUCUCACCAAAUUUUAUAACGGAAAUCACACCAAAAUUGCACAAAAUAACACUUCAAUAUAAUUAUCAAAUCAUUCACAAUUCAACCGACAAACUAGCAACAAAAAAUCAUCAAAUGUCUCAUAUCAAUUAUCAGCAGUUCCAGAAUCAAUCACAGAAAUAAGCAGGAACAUAGCAAACUUGCAAAUAAUUCUGGUACUAAACGAGCACUCCAAAAAUUAUUAAACUUUUACCUAGCAUAUCCUUAUACGUUAGCUUUCAUACAAAAUUGGUUUCAUCCAAUUUGGAAUUCUGUAGAGAGAGUUAUGCUCUCUACAGCACAGACUGUUAGGGUGUCAGCGAGCAGAAAUAGAGUGAACUUGCAUAUAAUUCUGGUAUUGAACCAGCAAUCCAAAAAUUAUGAAAAUAUUACCCAAUAUAACCCUAUGAGUUAGCUUUCAUAAAAAAUUAGUUUCACUCAAUUCGGAAUUCUUUAGAGAGAGUUAUGCUCUCUACAACACAGGCUGCUAGGGUGUCUGUGGGCAGAAACAUAAUGAACUUGCAGAUAAUUCUGGUACUGAACCAGAAAUCCAAAAAUUAUGAAAAUAUUACCCAACAUAACCUUAUGAGUUAGCUUUCAUACAAAAUUGGGUUCACUCACUUCGGAAUUAUGUAGAGAGUUAUGCUCUCUACAGCACAGACUAUUAGGGUAUCUACGGGAAGAACAAAACCCAAUUUUCCCCAGAACCUCAAUUUCGCUCAAAAUUAAUUUUGCUCACCACAUGUUAACACUCAACACAGUCUCUCAGUUCUGAAUUUUCAAAGAAGUUGGGGGUUCCUUCAUGUUAAACUCAACCUCUGUUAUUCUACAAUUAUACAAGGUAAAUUCAAACCCUUACCUUCUAUGACACCGGUACAAAGCCUCAUAGACCAUUUUCUUCUUGAAGAUCAAAUUCUAGGUUUUCUCCAUCUUUUCUCCUCUCCUUCACCUUUCACGUGUUUCUCUGUUCUUGUAAGACCCGAAAUUUAAUAGACCUCUUAUUUACUUAAUUUAUUUACAUUAAGGUAACCUGUAUUAUUUAUUAAUUAUUUUUCAUUGAAUAUUAUUCGCGCUACGACGGCGAGAAAUACCUAAAGGAAUACUUUCCUUACCAUCAUUUAAUCGCGUGGUUAUAUUUAUUAUUUCUAUAUUAUUUUCUUAACUCGAAUCUAAUCGCGAUUCGGGAAAAUUAAUUAAGUAGUAAUUAAUUUCAAUAUUUUGAUUUUAUAAAGUUAUUUAAAAGUAAGGAUUUAAUUAUAAUUAUUUUUGUGUGUAUUAUUUUAUUUUUAAUCUUAAUAAUUUCUACUCUUUAUUUAUCUCUUUCUUUAAUGAAGAGAUGACCUGCUCUAACAGGUCACCUUUGUUAUUUACCUAUGUUAGCCUAUCAAGCAUCACAAAGGAAUAUUCUUUAUUCCUUUUCCUUCCUAACCACUCAUUCAAAAUAUCUAUUUUUUCUCUCAUCCUCACCGCACAUUCAAAUUUCUGAUCACAUUCUCUCUCUACGUGGGCCCCACCCCACACCAAUCAGAAUUCAAUACACUCUCUCUCUCCCCCCAUUCACUCCCUCACGCUCUCACUCUCUCAUUCUCCCCUCUCACCCGACAUCUCUCUCCCUUUCUCCUCCUUCACUUCUUCUUCCUCCAUCUCUGCAACAAACACUUCCCUCCAUGGCUGAGCAAAGAUCAUUAGAUUUGGCACCCCAAUCAUUAGAAAUGUCACCCCACUUACGGAAACUCAGUUUCCGAAAUAUUUCGGAAAUAAGGUUUCCGAAGCACUUUUUUACUCAAAAGUGUGGUUUUUUACUCAAAAGUGUGGUGCUAGAUGUAUUUUGAACUAAAAAUCACGAAUUAAUUUCGGAAUCUAAGAUUCCGAAAUAAUUCGGAACUUGAAAAUCCGAAAAUUAGGGGUGUGAAAUCUAAUGGUUGGGGUGGCAAAUCCAGCUCUCCUGAGCAAAACGCCGCCACCCAUGGCCAAGCCACCACCGCCACGAGCGCCCCUCCACCCACGGAUGCCGCCACUAACCGCACCACCAUCACCGUUCCUUCUUCUUCUUCUUCUCAAGGGAGCCACCAUGAAUAAACCACCACCACCUUGAGGCCACAGCCGCGAGCUCCUCUCCCCUGUUUUGCGAGCUCCGCCGCACCACCACCACGUCCAGAAGCAACGAAGAGCAAGAGAAAAAUAAAACCCUAAACCGCCACCUUCAAGCUUCGAUCUCCGGCGAACUCCUUAGCUUUUGGAGAAACGAAUACUACCACUGAACUCCCCUCAUCAUCAGCUUCAAAACCCCUAAAGAAAUUUUGGAUUCCGACCACCUUCGCCGGAAACCGCCGCCUCCGGCGUCUUCUCCGACGAGCUUUGUUCUGAGAAAGGAUGUAAAUUUCUCGAAGCUCUUGAUCUCCUCUUCCUGAAUCCAAGGCUCAAUCAUCAUUAAGAGGUGAUUAUCCUUAUCUAUUUCAAAUUUCCCCUUUCAAACCCUAAUCUUCUUUAUUCACCUACUAAUCUCCUUAUUCCUUGUUCUUUGCCACUGUGGCUCAGAGCUCGCUGGUCAUCAGAGGAAGAGAAGGCUGUGACCAAAGGAAGAAUUGAAGUUCAGCCCCACAACUUGACACUUGAGGUAGUGGGAGAAAGACUGGAACACUUUAUGCUCCUCUAAAUAAUAUAUCUCUUGUCUUUUGCUGUCCAUGUACCUUGUAAAAAUUAAUGAAGGAAUGUAGAAUAGUGUAUGUGUGUGGUGUGAGUGAUAGUGUUUGAUUGUUGAUUUCGGAGGGCUUCAGCCCUUACUGUGCUUGAAAAGCUUUUUCGAAAACUCACAUAAAAUUGUUGUUGUUUUCGAAAGUAGUAGCCGUUGUUAUGUUAAAAUCGUAUGUUUCGGUUAAGAUUUUGGAACUAUGAUCUUCAUCAAAAUUGUAGCUUUUUCUGUUAGCAAACUUUUUCCGCUGGUUUCGUGUCGUUUCGAUUUCUCUAACUCAAGUUAUACGCAUUUUGGUGAGCAUGGGUUAAGCUGUCCCGUUUCUCAUGAACUGCUGUAGUAUUUGAUUUUUUCUGAAUUUUGUACUUUGAAUCUGGACUUAAAAAUUUAUGAGGAUUUACAAAACCUGUAGAUGAAGCCAGGAUAAAAUAUUAGAUUUUUCGGAGUUUAUUUGACGUAUUUAAAAAUUAGCUAAAGUCGCUGUACAGUUUAUAAUCGUUUGACAAAAUUAGUUAUUUCAAGUGAAAAAAAUUGUUUUAGGAAAAAGAAGAGAAAACCUUUUAUUUUAAAGUUAUAUUACAAAGUUUGGAGUAGGAAAACUUCUUUUGAAACUUGCUUACGUACGUUGUUUAUUCGUUUAUGAAAAUCAAGAACGUAUGAGUCUUUACGCACAUUUAUUCGUUAAAAAGUGAUUGCGAAAAGUUUGAAAGUCGAACGAGUUUUUGGAGUGUUAGAGAAUAAGUGUUCGAAUAUUACCUCUUUGUUCAUGGACGUUUUGGAAUAACAUGUACGGAUAGAGAUAGAACAAUUAAGUUUGGAUUUCCGAUUGAGGAAUUAGACUUUGAAAAGUAUGAAUUAGAAUAGAUUAAGUUGUGUUUGCAAUCUUGAUGUUGGAAGAUGACUUAGGAUUGAAUCUUGAAUUCGAAGAAGUUUAUGAGCUUUACUAUAAAUACUUGAUUUUAGAAGGUCUAGAUUUGAAACUUUGGAAGUUCGAGGACUUAGAAGUAAUUAAGGGAUUAAUUGAGGACUAGAAGUCGUUUCUUAGAGAUUGAGGACUAAUCUAUAAGUUUGGGAUUUUUAUAGAACCAAGUGGAGUUUCAAAGAGACUAGGGUCUUUUCCUAACGAGACAUCCCGAGUUUAAGUUUAAGAGAAAUGAUUCGAUUGUUUUGAAGGAGCUUAUGAGUCUUGAAUAAGUACAUAAUCAUUAGGUAAGAAGAAUUGUUUGUCUUGGAAGUUAACUAUGGUUUAUGGAUUACUUGAUAAGAGUUAGUGGAUUUGAUAAGAAUUGAUAAUGAUACAACGUUGGCUUGAGGAAUAGAUUGUGAGAGCGAGUUGAGACAUUAAGUUGUUGUAAGUCACUCGAUAAAUAAGUAUUCUUUAUUUGCUCUUUCUAUUUUAACAAAGAUAUGAGUAUUUGGUUUUAAAGCUGAUUUACAAGUCAAAAGCUUUUGAAGCAUUGUUAUUGUUUUGUUGUCAUUAUGAGGACUUGUCUUAAUUUCAGCGAUUGAUCCUAAUGGUUUAUAACCAUUGCGAAGAUUCAGUUUAACUUGUGUUUUCUUUGAGUCUUUUGCUUGAGGUUGUAGCUCUAGACUUAAGUAGUAAGUAGCGCGAUUAGUGAUUUCGUUCAGUAUG